GAUACACAUGCAAGUGUUAAAGUAGUAUAUCAUCUUAACUAAAUGGUAAUGGAUUUAUUAACUGGGUGAUUACAAAUGAAAAAAAGACAUCGUUAUGUCUUCAAUUAAGAAGAAGGUUAAUCGUUAAAGGAUAUUUUUAUUAAAAUUGUAUUUUAAAUAGUGACAAAGUUGUUACACUCAUUUAUAAAGGGUAUGAACAUUUAUGAAAACAUUUUAAAAUAAACUGACAAAAUGGUAAGUAAAUUACCUCAAGAGUUUAGGAGGUACCAACGUAAUCGAAAUAACUUAAGGCUUAUUCUUGAUGAAACUCGAAGAGCAUUAGGAGUUAUUAAUACUGAAAACAUUUUUCCUGGAGAAGAUAUUGUUGAGGAGUUAUUGCCUCCAUUAACAUUAGAUAGAAUUACUAAUAUUUUAUCAAAUUCUCCUGCCAUUGUUAUUUUUGGGCAGGACAGUAAAUCAAAAGCAACAUUAGUUAACAGUUUGAUUUCUAAUGAUGUUUUACCGGUAUCUAAUGGACUUUGGCGAUGGAUUAAGUUCACUCAUGGACAAAUAAACCAUGUUAGUCUCACAUUAGGCUUAGAGUAUGAAGUAGUUGAAAAUUUACAAGCUAAUGAGAAACCAUGGAGUACCCUUCCAAUUGAGGACUUAACAAGGUCUGGGGGUGAAGAUAUAAAUUGUCCAACAGUACUUGAAGUUAAACUUGAUCAACCGAUACUAAAAGAUGGUGUUCAAAUAUUUGUUGCACCAAAUAAUGGGGCAGUAAAAGUUCUUGCCAAAGGACUAUUAUCUAUUUUACCAAUAUUUCUUUAUGCUCUGGGUGACCAACCUUUGACAGAAGAAAAUAUUGAAGAAUUAAGGGAUUUGAAAGAAACAUAUCCUUUUAAUCCUGUACUUUUUAUAUCAUCAUUAGGAAAUAUUACAUUGGCUAGUAUUGAUGCUGAAUUGACUGAAUCUGAACAGCAUAGAUUGCAAAAUCGAUUAAAUCCUAAUGAUUCUGUGUCAAAUAAAAAUGAUGACAGUAUUGAUUUUGACAAAAUGAAUUCGCUUGGCAUAACAUGGCUGGAUCAGUUGACAAACUUGGGUUUUCUCGGUAUGGAAGAAUCUGUUGAAGUUGAUCAACUGGCUUGGUUGGGUGGUGGACAAUAUGUUAAUUCUAGCGACUUGUUGGAUUCAUGCAAAAAGACAGAUAGAAUUUUAUAUUUUGUUCAUGGAUGUUUGCAAACCUAUCUUAUUAAUGCUAGCACUUCCUUAAAUGAAGUACAUACAACUAGUCUACGAAAGUUUAUUUUAAGUACUUUUGAUAUGGCACGUAAAAUUCAAAUAACUCCAAGAAGAAUACAGUAUGCCCAGUUGAAAGAAAGUGAAUUAUAUAUUAGUUUAAUGACACUUGUUAAUGAAAACCAACAGGAAUUAACCGAAUUAAUACAAGCUAUUGUGCAAGAGAUGAAGGAUGAUGUAUUAUUAUUAGACAAUGAUGUAUGUUCAUAUCAGAGCAUUCCUUUUAAUGAUACAGAGAGGGCAGAAUGGUCUGCAACUAUUAGAGCUACAAUUUCUGAACUUCAGCGAGUGGUGCUUGGUCGCUUAGGUGAAAAAGUUGCCAAGCAACUUAUAAAUUCAGUCAAUUGCUUGCGUGAGACAUUUGUUGGUACAUUGCAACGAUGUUUACUAAGUCUUGAAAAAACAUGCGAACGUGAUUCUUGUUUACUAGCAAGUGAUGCUUUAAAGCAAAUACUUUCAGCCGCAUAUAAUGUCGAGUUACAUAAUUCUUCACCAUCUUUAAUACAUUCUUUCUUGGAAAGAAUAAGACAACUUUUUAAAUCCUUACCUUUGCCAUGGUCGUCAACGCCGACUUUAGACGCUGCUUGGAGAAGGAAAGUUACUAUCGACAUACUGAAUUCAUUAUCAGCUGCAAAGCUAGCUAGAACAAUAUCUACUCAGUUCAGAGAUAAACUUAAGGCCUCGCAUGAUUCGUUUCAAGCAGCUCUCAGAUCUUUAGAAAAUUAUUAUUCUGGAAAAUUAGAGAGAACAGAAGAACAAAGAAUAGCUAUCAGAAAGUGUCAUGCUCCCAGAUUGGCUAAAUUAGCAUUAGAAUCAACAUCAAUGACAGAUGUUGUUCGUUAUGGAACCCCUCAUUGUGGUAAAGAAAUUGGGCGUGGUCAAUAUGGAGUAGUAUUUGCUUGCGAUGGAUGGGGUGGUGCUCCAGGUCCCUGUGCAGUUAAAUCAGUUGUUCCACCAGAUGAAAGGCAUUGGAAUGAUCUAGCAAUGGAGUUUUACUAUACCAGAUCUAUUCCAGAUCACAAAAGAAUAGUAAAACUCAGAGGAUCAGUUAUAGAUCUAUCUUAUGGUGGAGGAUAUGGUCUUGGAUCUGCAGUUCUUUUAAUAUCUGAUCGUUUAAGUCGCGAUUUAUAUUGUGGAAUACGUGCUGGUUUAUCUUGGUUAGAACGUAUACAAAUAGCAAUAGAUGUUUUAGAAGGAAUACGUUAUCUUCAUUCACAAGGACUUGUUCAUCGAGAUAUUAAGUUGAAAAAUGUACUUCUUGAUACAGAAAACAGGGCAAAAUUAACUGAUCUUGGGUUCUGUAUCACAGAAGCUAUGAUGUCAGGGAGCAUUGUUGGAACACCUGUCCAUAUGGCACCAGAACUUCUCUCUGGUCAUUACGAUAGUAGCGUCGAUGUAUACGCAUUUGGAAUUUUAUUUUGGUAUAUAUGCGCAGGACAUGUAAGGUUACCAUAUGCUUUUGAGCAGUUUCAUAAUAAAGAACAAUUGUGGACUAGUGUAAAGAAAGGUGUACGACCUGAACGAUUAUCUAAUUUUUACGACGAAUGUUGGAAAUUAAUGGAACAAUGCUGGUCCGGAGAACCGUCUAAACGGCCUUUGCUCGGAGCAAUUAUACCGGUCUUAGAAUCGAUUCAGCAGAAAGCAGAAAGAGGCAAGUCCUUACAACAGCUCACCACUGUGAAGCUACAAGAAAGUUCAUCACACUUGAAAAAUCCUGCAUUAGCAUUAGCAGAACCUUAUAAUCAGAGAGGUUGUGUAAUCAGUCCACUUCCUGUAAAGCGCAAGCCAUUAAGAACAGUAAAACAUCCUGUGUUUCACAUUACUAAUCUAUUUCAAGCAAGUCUAUGCUCUAAUUUAUAUGUUCAAAUGCGAGAAUUCUAAAAAUGUUUCACGCUCUUUGUUUUUAAUUUAUAACUUGAAAAAGAUUCGAUUAUAUUUAAAAGAU